CUCACAUGAGACUCAUCUCUCAAUGUGCCUACUUUUUCUAUAAGAAGCAAGAAGUCGUGUUGGAAAUGAGAAGGCUCUGCGAGGCUCAUUCACCAGAUGCAGAAGCUUACUUCGCUCCCGCUACCUUGGACUUCGCUGUCCCUUUUGAUUACGACCGUCUAACUUCGAGUUUAAUCGCCUGGGUAUCUGCGUCAAUGACGCCAGCUAUCUUAAAAUCUUAGAAAAAGAAGAGAAGGGAAGAGAGAUACGUGCGAGGAAUCGGGAAAAACGAAAGACGGUCGAUUUCGUUUCUAUUACCUAGCUACUCGCCGGCCAUCAAAUGUAGCCUAAACAGGGUCAUCUGUUAUCCAUCGCAUAACAUCCUCAUCUCCGACACUGUCCAGAUUACAUAACGCUGAGGUGCAGAGCCGCCCCCAUAAGUCAUAAGUGACACGCCAGGCUCUGUCGCUGGUAAGACCCACUUGUCGCGAGGCUGAGCGUGGGCUCAUCACCUGCAACCAUAUGGCUUCAACCGAAGAACACCAACAUCCCGAAGAAAGCCAAGCAGAUACGGAGUCUUCUGUAUCAGCCAGCGAAUACGAGGAAGCCCGGAUUUUGAGUGCUUGUGAACGGCAUGAUAUCGAAGAGCUGAGGGUCUUAGCCAUAGGGCCAGGUGGCUUUCUGUCGGACCAGCUACGAAGUCAGGCGUGGCCAGUAUUGCUCGGCAUUGAUGCCAAUGAGAUUAUCAAUGGAUCUACAGAGGCUUCUGGUUCGUGGAGGCAGCUACCACGACACCGGGAUGAAGAGCAAGUCAAAUUAGAUGUCGAUAGGAGCUUUGUCUACUACCCAAAUGAUAACUCGCAAGCCCAGCUUGAUGAGAAGAAAUCCGAGCUUUCGGAUCUCAUUAAACAAGUGCUUCGUGAGCAGCCAUAUCUCUGCUACUUCCAAGGUUACCAUGAUAUCUGUCAAGUGCUCCUUCUCGUGCUUCCCGCUGGCUUACGGGCACCAGCCAUGUCCCGACUCUCUGUGCUGCGGAUCCGUGACUUCAUGCUGCCCACGCUAGCGCCAGCGAUCGUGCAGCUCCGUCUGAUCCCGGACUUGCUGCGCGCCGUGGACGAGUCGCUCUUCCAACACCUCUCGCGGAACGAGCCGUAUUUCGCGCUCUCGGAUACGCUGACCAUGUUCGCACACAAUGUGCAGCGGUACAGCGACAUCGCGCGCCUCUUCGAUGCCCUGAUCGCCCGCGAGCAGGUUUUCAGCAUCUACGUCUUCACCCAGAUCGUCCUACGCCGGCGCGACGAGCUACUCGAGCACGAGGAGCCUGACAUGCUCCACUUCACGCUGUCCAAGCUCCCACCCGACCUCGAUCUCGAGGCCGUCAUCACCGAGGCCGCCCUCCUCUUCGACAGACACCCGCCGGAGUCCCUGCGCUCGUGGAGGCACAUAUCCAGCGCCAGCGUGCUGAAGACGACGCGCGACCCCAAGGCCCUCAGCCGUCAGAGUCUGCGGGACGGGCAGGAGCUGUUCAAAAAACAGGUCCGCGAGCUGCGCUGGGCCGAGCGACAGCAGAAGAUGGUGCAAACCGUAUGGGCGAAUCGCACCCUACUCUUUACGAUUCUCGUUGGCGUGGGUGCUAUAUAUUUGCGGAAGACUCCCGCCUGGGCUGGCCUCGCGGCAUGGAUGACUAGAUUUAUUAGAAACUGAAAAGUUAUUGAUUUAUUUUUACUUUCUUUUACUUAACUGUUUAGUUCUUACGGAAGAAAAUAGAUGUGCCUUUUUAAAUAAAUCACGUGUUUUUUCCCUUGGGUCACUGCUUCAUUUGUUGUAGAGGGAUUGGUUUACGAAUAGUAAAAAGAAAGCGGUACA